AUUAAAUUAUAUUUAAACUCAUCGUUAGACGUGUUGGGGGAAUUAAUUGAUCUUUGAUUAAUUACCACAUAUUUUUAUUGAAUAUUUUUUUAUUUUUUUAUUGGGAUAACAGAAUGUCAAUAGUUCCAGUGAUGUUUCGCGACUGGUGGGAUGAUAUUGAUCGUCCCAUGUCAAGAUUAAUUGAUCAACAUUUUGGUAGCGGUUUAAAUCGUGAUGAUUUAUUGACUGGUUUAUCAUCAUUGAGUCUUGCUAGACAGAGGCCAAUAUUUACUGGACCUGGUUAUUAUCGUCCAUGGACUAAUAUUGCAAGACAAAAUUCAGGGGGUGCAAGCACUAUUCAAUGUGACAAGGAAAAAUUUGAAGUGAUUCUGGAUGUACAGCAAUUUUCACCAGAUGAAAUAACAGUCAAGACAAUUGAUGACAGUGUUAUUGUCGAGGCUAAACACGAUGAGAAAAAAGACGAGCACGGCUUCAUCAGCCGUCACUUUGUAAGACGAUAUGUGUUACCUGCUUCACACGAUGCACUUGAAAUCACUUCAAGUCUUUCCUCAGAUGGUGUUCUUACAAUAACUGCUCCAAAGAAGGUGAGACUUUCACAAUAACUAUAUACUUUAAAGCUAGAUAAAGCUUGCUUUUUUU